CUACUUGCCUACCGCUUGCCUUUAACACGCACCAUAUAGCCCUGGUAUUUUGCUCCUGUAACCCACCACUUAUAGUACAGUGUAUAGAGAACUGUUAUCAGCUGCUUGGCAAACAGAGAUAAUCAGUAAGGUAAAGAAUAUUUUUCUGCUGAUAAGAAUUUCCCUUAAGAAUUCUCGCCAAAGAAGUACAACAGAAUCCAUCCAGCCUUGUAUUCCCCUCCUGGCCGCCGCAGACUUACAUUCACAGCUCUCCCCACACUGCGAUAUUAAAGAAGAAAGAUGGCCCUUGGACUGAGACUAGUGUUCCUUAUGGCACUAAUGGCAUCAUGUGCAAACGGAUUCUGCAACAAGCCACUUAAACAAUCCAUCUUGAGAAAUAACAAAAUUCUUAAUGAAAAAUCAACCGACAAGAAAUCUUCAAUACUGGACCUGAGCUUGUCCGAUAAACUCAAAAAUCAGAGCCCAAAUAUUGGGGUGCAGCAGACGCUAACGGAAGAAGUGGAUGUUAUUAUUGCUAUACCACAAACUGCAAAAAAUAACAAUACUGUUACAUCUACUACAUUGCAAAUGGGACAAAAUAAUAUUUUGUAUAGUGUGGUUGCUGUGAGCGAUAAGACUAUGUACAGCAAUUGUCACACUAGCUCCUGUAAGAAGGAGGCCAUAAUGCCGGAACUGGUCGUAAGUGUGGUUAUGGGAACCGGGACUAAUAAAACACAAGUCUUCUUUUCCAACGUGACCGAUCAGUCACUUUUACUGAACAUAGAAAUUGGUUCUACUAUGAGUGUGAGGCCAGUUAUAAGUUCUGGUGCCAUCAAUACCGCCACGAUCCGUGUAAAUAUUACUGUAGUCAGCAAUAAGACAUGCGUAGGUAAAUAUAGAAGUGUAUCGUUUCCUCAAAUUCAAUCAGUUCAUCCAGCAGUCCACACGUGA